AUGCGCGGGAAGAAUGCUACGCAAAACAUCCUACUCAACCCCGGUGGACCUGGCGGUAGUGGCAUCAACUUUUUAUAUCGCAAGGGCGAGGAGCUUAACACCAUUCUUGGCGAGGGGUUACAUCUUCUGACCUUUGAUCCCCGUGGCAUCAAUGGCUCCAGCCCGCUCGCUUCGUGUUAUCCUGACAACGAGACACGCAGAGACCUCUCUAACACCCUGGACUCUACGAACCCUGAUAACAGCGUGCAGCUUUACGCCUGGACAAGCAACUUUGUCCAGGCUUGCGCUGAUACCAUGGGCGAGCAUGGGAAGUACAUCAAUACGCCUCAGACUGCUGCCGACAUGAACAGUAUUCUUGAUGCUGUAGGCCAGGAGGAUAUGGUGUACUGGGGUUUCAGCUAUGGGACUCUGCUUGGUCAAACAUACGCCGGGCUAUUUCCGAAUCGAUCAAAGCGUGUAAUCAUUGAUGGAGUUGUCAACCAAUUUGACUGGUUCGAGGGCCUCGUCGAUGAGGAAGACAUGGCCGACACCGAAAACGUACUUCACGGUUUCUUCGAUGAAUGUAUCAAAGCUGGCAGCGAAAAUUGCACCUUGGCUUCACUGGCGAGUUCGAAGGAGGAGUUGGAGGAGACAGUGCUCUCCUUCCUCAGCAAGUUCAAGGAGGAACCUCUCAGCGUAUAUGUUAAUAACACAGUCUAUGGAGUGCUCGACUAUUCCAAGCUUCUGCUCAAAGGCAUUUUCCCAACUUUGUACAAGCCGGCAAAUUGGUACGAUCUGGCCGAUCGCCUUACUAAACUCAUUCAAGGCAAUGCGACCGAAGCAUUCUUGGCCUACGGGCGGGACGACCCUUGGAACAUGAUUGGCGAUGCAAACCGCUUUGUCACUCUCAAUGACGGAUUAUCUGGUCCCAAGUAUUGGGUGCAGGGACGACAGGCUUUGCUCGAGGAGAUUCUACCGCUUCAAAACUUGAGCCUGUUUGGAACUGAAGCUUGGGACACUUUAUACUCGAAGCAACAGUGGAGUAUCCCCAGAACUCAUACUUACAAGCCGAGAAAGGGCGUACAGACUGCGCACCCGUUGCUCAUUCUGUCCACGACCUACGACCCCGUUUGCCCGCUAAUUUCUGCGCGAUCGGCCAACGAGGCUUUCGUUGGAUCGCAGAUUGUAGAGGUCCAAGGCUAUGGUCAUUGCUCCCUAGCAAUUGGCUCGACUUGCCUUGCCAAACGCGUUCGUGAGUUCUUAUACGAAGGGAAGGUCCCUGAACGCUAUACCCAGUGCGAAGUGGACGUCCCCUACUUCAUCAAGCCGGAGGAAGACGGCAAAAUUGUGGCUCAAAAAUACUUUGACGAUCCGGAGGAGCAACGCAUUCAUCUUGCACAGCUGCAACUAGCAAGGGACUUGGAGUGGACGCGUUGGUGA